AUGCUAUCAUCAAUUAGAAAACAGGCUCUUUCUAAGACUAGGCACUCUUUGUUGCGUACGUUUUCGUCCACUGGUGCGGUAGACGCAGAGCCAGCAAUGGACUCUGCAGGAGUAGCAGGUGGUGAGGACAUCGUGGAGAUUGCGUUACCCGAGAGUUCAUUUGAAGGAUAUAUGUUAGAUGUUCCAGACUUAACUUAUAAGGUGACUAAGGGUAAUUUGUUGCAAAUGUACAAGGAUAUGAUUAUCAUUAGAAGAAUGGAAAUGGCCUGUGAUGCUUUAUACAAAGCCAAGAAGAUUAGAGGGUUUUGUCACUUGUCUGUAGGUCAGGAGGCUAUUGCCGUUGGUAUUGAAAAUGCUAUCACGAAGCGUGAUACUGUGAUUACUUCUUACAGAUGUCAUGGUUUUACUUAUAUGAGAGGUAGUUCUGUUCAAGCAGUGCUGGCUGAGUUGAUGGGUAAAAGAAGCGGUGUAUCUUAUGGUAAGGGUGGUUCUAUGCACAUGUAUACAGAUGGUUUUUACGGUGGUAACGGUAUCGUGGGUGCCCAAGUUCCUUUAGGUGCUGGGUUGGCCUUUGCUCACCAAUACAAAAAUGAAGAUGUCUGUGCAUUUGCUUUGUACGGUGAUGGUGCCUCUAAUCAAGGUCAAGUGUUUGAAUCGUUCAACAUGGCUAAGUUGUGGAAUUUACCAGCCGUCUUUGCGUGUGAGAACAACAAAUAUGGUAUGGGUACUGCUGCUUCUAGAUCAUCUGCUAUGACUGAAUACUUCAAACGUGGUCAAUACAUUCCUGGUUUAAAAGUCAAUGGUAUGGAUAUUUUGGCCGUUUACCAAGCUUCUAAAUUUGCUAAACACUGGUGUGUUUCUGGUAAUGGUCCAAUUGUUCUAGAAUAUGAAACUUACAGAUAUGGUGGUCACUCUAUGUCUGACCCAGGUACCACUUAUCGUACUAGAGAUGAAAUUCAACACAUGAGAUCCAAGAACGACCCUAUUGCGGGCUUGAAGAUGCACUUGUUAGAUUUGGGUAUUGCCACAGAAGAUGAAAUUAAGGCAUACGAUAAGGCUGCUAGAAAGUACGUUGAUGAACAAGUCGAGUUGGCUGACGCUGCACCUGCUCCAGAGGCAAAGAUGUCCAUUUUGUUCGAAGAUGUCUAUGUCCCAGGUUCUGAAACUCCAACUUUGAGAGGUAGAAUCUCCGAUGAUACUUGGGACUUUAAGAAGAAUGGCUUUGCUUACAGAGAAUAG